AUUCACAGCCCUCUGUGUGAAAAAGAUUUUCCUCAUCUCCGUUCUAAAUGGCUUACCCCUUAUUGUUAAAAUAGACCCUUCGGCCCAACUCGACCAUCUAAGCUAGUCCCAGAUCCCUCUAAACCCAUCCUUUCUAUGUACUGUCUUUUAAAUGCUGUUAUUGUACCUGCCUCGACUACCUCCGGUGCAGGUUGUCCCAUACACCCACCAUUGUCUGAGUGAAAAAGUUGCCCUAUGGGUUCCAGUUAAAUCUUGGAGUGUAGAAACAAGGAAGGAAUUGCAGAUUGCUGGGUUAAAUCGAAGAUAAACACAAAAUGCUGGGGCGAGAGUGUUGGUGAAGAAUCGAGCUAUAAAUAUUUGUCCACAGAUUCACAACUCUCUGGGUAAAAAUGUUUUUCCUCAUCUCCGUUCUAAAUGGCCUACCACUUAUUCCUGAACUGUGGCUCCUGGUUCUGGACUCCCCCCAACGUGAAGGGAACAUGAAGGCCUGUUAUCAAGAGGUUCACGUGGAUUUGUGUUUCUUUGCUGGUGUGGCGUUUCGUAAUUGUGCGCAUUUUGUGGAGUCAAGGACUUGAGUGCUUGUGCCCAUUAACGUGAUCGGUUGCUAUCGGCGAUCAAGGAGACACCUCUGGCCUUUGAGCUAUGUACCAGCACUUGUCAAGUAUGUUAUUUGGAGCAAUUGACUGUGCUGAAAAUGAAAAUCGGGAGCGUGAGAUAUGCGAGAAGGAAGAUGACGAGUGGAUUCUGGUUGAUUAUAUCGAUGCUUGUACUAACUGCUCCGGAGAAGACACAACCGGCAUGGGCUUGGAAUCUUUCCCAGAUUCGGCCAUCUUCUCCUCCUCCUCAACCUCGUCCAUUGAGUUGCUGGGCAAUUGUAGUGACCCCUGCUUCCUUCAGCUCGCCUCCUGCCCUCUGGAGGAGAGCUGGUUUAUCACCCCUCCUCCCUGUUUCACUGCAGGUGGCCAUGCCCCGAUACAUGUCGAGACCAGCCCCUUGGAGAACCUCCUGAUCGAACACCCCAGCAUGUCUGUAUAUGUGGCUCACAACGUCCGAAACAACGUGAGCGAGAACGGCGGGUCCGUGGAGUACGAAACUGAAGCUGUCAGAACUGCUCCCCCUGGUGGGCUGGACCACCACAUUCGCUGCUAUGCAGCGACACUAGCCGCCCACACCGAUAUCGUGCAGCAGGCCGCUCAGCUCCGCCACGUUCGGCGCGGGAAGGAACACUGUGCAAAGCACCUCGUAAACCGCAACAAUAUUCGCCGCCAAAACCUUAACCGGGAGUACAUCUCUCGACAGACUAAACACAGUGGACACACCCUGCACCAACCUUGCCAACGCCAGUAUAAUUAUUAACCGUUAUUGAUAUUUUGUUUUUUUUAACGCAAUGUUCUCGUUCUAAAUCUCGUGUGUGUUAUAGAGUGAUACAGCGUGGAAACGGGCCCAACUUGCCCAAAACCGACCAACAUGUCCCAACUACACGUCCUACCUGCCCACGUUUGGUCCAUAUCCCUCCAAACCUGUCCUAACCAUGUCUAACGGAUUCUCAAAUGUUGGGAUAGUCCCAGCCUCAACUACCUCCUCUGGCAGUUUGUUCCAUGCACCCACCGCCCUCUGUGUGAAAAGGUGACCCCUCGGAUUCCUAUUAAAUGUUUUCUCCUUCACCUUGAACCUACGUCCUCUGGUCCACGAUUCACCUACUCUGGGCAAGAGACUCUGUGCAUCCACCCGAUCUAUUCCACUCAUAGACAAUAGGUGCAGGGGUAGGCCAUUCGGCCCUUCGAGCCAGCACCGCCAUUCAACGUGAUCAUGGCUGAUCAUCCCCAAUCAGUGCCCCGUUCCUGCCUUCUCCCCAUAUCCCCUGACUCUGCUAUAUUUAAGAGCCCUAUCUAGCUCUCUCUUGAAAGCAUGAUUUUUAUACUACUCUAUAAGAUCACCCCUUAUCCUCCACCUCUCGCUAUAGCUCACACCCUCAAGCCCUAGCAACAUCCCUGGUAAAUCUCCUGUGUACCCCUUUCCAGCUUGACAACAUCUUUCCUACAACACGGUGCCCAGAACUGAACACAAUACUCUGAAUGCGGCCUCACCAAAGUCUUGAACAACUGCAACACGACCUCCCAUGUACUCGUGUUGAUAACCAUUUGCUAGUGCUCCGUAUAUAUUUAACAAAAACUGGGAAUCGUUAAUCAUGCUGAGAAAAUAUUUUGGAGGUUUCUAAUUGUUUUUCUUUCCUGGUGCUUUAAAGUCUUAAAUCACCACAAGCCUUUUCCUUGUUGAUGGGAUUUUUUAAAAAACUCUGAAUGUUCCUGACCGUCCAUUUUCCUACGAUCACACGAGAGCAAACUUCAGCCGCAUCACACACACACACACACACACACACACACAAAAAAAUCGAAUCCAUCGUUCACAAAUGUUGCCUUGGAGAUGUAAGGGAUCUUUGGACUGUGAUUUGUUUCUGCAGAGCGAUCUCAAUUCAUUUCACAAAAACAGUUUCUCAGGGACAAGUGCAGUGUAUAGUUUUUCUAAGUAUCUGUAAUGUGACAUCAAGGAAGCCUGAUAUGUAAAUAUAUAUAUAUAUUAUGUAUAUAUAUAUUUCAGGUUUUUUUUUUAAAGGACCUUUUUUUGGACUGGAAGUGAUUCUGUACCAUGACCAUUACUGCAGGAUAUUUGUACAUAUUCAAGUUUGGUGCUACGUACAUGCCUGCUGCGUAGCAAUUUAAACGUCCAAAACUGUGUCCAGGUUAUCGAUUUCUUCCUUUCCAAACGUGUUGUGUUGUUGAGAUGUUUUUAAAAAAAAAAAAUGUGGUUAAUACCUCGAUACUGUGUAUUCACGUGAAGGAUUAAUUUGUUUUGCUUUUAUUUUUUUUCUCCUUGAUAUGCUAUAUUAGUUGUGACGUUUAUUGCAGAAUGUUAAAUUCUUUAGGGAUAAAAUGGUUCUAUUUAUCUUUGUUUUUAAUUCCACAUUCCGAAGAUGCUCCUAUGAAAUUUUAAUCUUGCGUUGGAAAGCGCAAGUAAAGAGCAACUGUACCCUCUGAUGGUUGCUCAUUGCGACAAAAAGCUUUUCGUUGUGACAAUAAACUAAGCUAAUCAUUUUCCCCAAGUCACCAUUUCUCACCUAUGCGAUCUCCCG